AUGGGGCACCUUGGCUCAGACGAACUUAACCGAAAGGUACCCUGUUUUGUCAUGACGCUGCCCAAAGAAGACUUCGGGCAGGCAGCUCGGACAGGCAGCUCGGGCAGGCAGUUCCCAUUUCAGCGGCUGCAGCGACCCAUGGACCAGCCGAUGCAGUGCGGGUGCCACGCCACCGCCACGUGCGUCUUGCACAUGCCCUCGGCCGUCCCGAUGGCCGCGGAUGACCACCUCGAGGCUGCGUGGAACAGCGACGAUAUUCCGGCGCCACAGGUCGAGCUGCACGACGACGCUUGGCAGCACGGCGCGUAA